CCGUUGCCUGUACCUAGCAGUACCUAGCUCGCCCAGGGAAAACAUAGCGCAAACGUACGCCGUGUUUGAGAUGCACAUGUAUUUCCUGAUCAGAUGCCUCAUGCCGCAAUCGUUGAAUAAGUACUCUGGUGUGCUAAUGCUACGCCUGUCCUCCGAGUGUUCCAGCCAAACUCAUAUUGAUAGACGUUUUGCGCUCGCGCGACGUUAUGUUUCCGGCCGAGGUGCCGGGCUGCCGCGCCACAGCUGCCCCGGCCCCGCGCGCUCAAUCCGUGCUCGAUGUCUCGAUGUUCUGCUCGAGUCAGCUCGUUUCCCAAGUCUCUUACGGAACAUUGGUCAACUCAGCAUGGCUACGCGGCAGCCAUGGUCCAGGUCAAGCCUAGAUACCGCGGCUCUAAUUGUUGUGGAUGCCCUUUGAGAUACGGAUGGUCAAGCACUGGUUGUGGAAAACAGGGUGGUUCGGUCGAAGUGGGCGGAUGUCACCGGCGUGCGCAGACUAAUUCGGACAUGAUUGCCAUGUCGCUGCCCGCCGCCCGCUACCCGCUGCGUGCCGCAACCGACAGCCUUCUCUCCCGCGAUGUUUUGGUAUGUCUGCGCCGCUCCCGCAUCAGUGUCCCUGCUCUCAUUGCUGCGUGGUCGUUGCACGUCUUUUCUUCGCGCGGUCCAAGAGUCAUGAUUUUGUGUUGCAGCAGUAUGUGUACCGUACAAAGUCAAUCACAGCAGACGAUACUUAGCGUAAAGGUCGCCGCCAGCCCGAAGUUCAUUGUAUUUAGACCUUUCAUUUGCGCUAAUCCCGAGCUCUGCGAACACCGGUGGCGGAGGGUGGCGGGCGGUGGCUGCAGCCUGCCUCGUGCCACGUGGUGGCAGCUGUGGCGCGGCAGCCCGGCACCUCGGCCGGAAACAUAACGUCGCAUUCGAGGCUACCAUCUUACUGCAACGCAAAUGCUCUCCCGAAUAACGCCGCGCUAUAUGUGCCGCUCGAGGCAGAGAGUGACAGAUGCUCCUAUCAAGCCCGGGGCGGCGAACCUGGGCCUCUUGGAAUGGUCUGCCGCUCAGUCA